GCAGAAGAAGAAGAUGGACUCCAACGACCAAGCUGAGCCAACAGCACAGCCUGGCCUUCCACCUGGAAAAGAUGGAGCACGUUACCCCAGAGAAGACCUGAUUACCACUGCUGUACAAUUUCUGCAGAACCCAAAAGUACAUCAGAGUCCCUUGGCCCUCAGAAAAGCCUUCUUGAAGAAAAAAGGACUGACAGAUGAAGAGGUAGAGGUGGCCAUCCAGCGUUCUGGCUCCACAGAAGCCCUACCUCUGGUCCCUGUGGGGCCCGCACAUCCACUCCAUGCAGCUCAGUUAGCUCCUGCACCGCUCAGUCCAGCAGGCUGCAGGUGGAGAGACUACGGUGCCCUUGCCAUCAUUAUGGGGGGCAUCACAUUCUGUUUUUAUCAGCUUUACAAGAAAUACAUCCUUCCCCUCAUUAUGGGAAGCCGAGAGGACAAGGAGCAUCUGCAGAGGAUGGAAAGCAACAUUGCGGCAAUGAGUGGCACGCUGACACAGACAGUCAGCCAGCUGCAGCAGACCCUGCUCUCUAUCCAGGAGGUUCUGGUGCAGCAGCAGCAGAAAAUCCAGGACCUCUCCCAGGAACUGACUUCAGCGCAGGCGUUGUCUUCAACGAGCCGCAUCCUGGACAGCCAAACAGUGGGAGAGCUGAAGGCUGAGAUCAUCUCUUUGAAGGGCUUACUGCUCAGCAGGAAACAGUUCCCUUCCACUCCCGCUGUUCCUAAGAUCCCCUCGUGGCAGAUUCCUCUGAAGCCGCCUGCAGCAUCUGGCUCACCGUCCAUUAACCACACCAACAGCAGCAGUGACAUCUCCCCUCUCAGUAACGAGUCCGCCAGCUCCUCCCCCAUCAAAAAUGGACUCCACAGCCCCCAGGAUGUGCUGGGAGGGCCUGAUGGAGCCCAUGGUAUCAAUGGAGAUAUUUGCACCGUGGGCCUGGGCACAGCGCUGCCCCUGGACCAGGUCCGCAUGGAGGUGCAAGGAGAGGAGGAGGAGAAGGAAGAAGAUGAGGAUGAUGUCAGCCAUGUAGAAGAGGAGGAGGGGGGUCUGAGCAUGCAGACAGAGGACCGGCGAGGUGGGGAUGGACAGAUUAAUGAACAGGUAGACAAACUGAGGCGGCCCGAAGGUGCCAGCAAUGAGAGCGAAGUUGAUUAGACAACAUUAGAGCACAAAAACACUCUUUAGAACACCACCUCUCAUCCCUGAUAGCUUUGUUUCUCCCUGCUCUCACAGUGUUUUUUUUUUU